AUGCCCCCUCGUGCCGCUCCUGUCCCCUCUUGCCCCCUGGUUCCCCCAUCCCCUCCUCCUUCACUCUCCCCCGUCACCUCCCAGCACUAUGAUCUGAACGGCUGCAACCCGCAUGCUUCACAUAGUGUACACCCACCUCUCUUCUCGUCUCGUCCCCCCUGCCUUCUCCGCGGGCCUCUCUUCUCACAUUCCUUUCUCCUUCCCCUCUUGCUCCCCCACUCCGCCCCCUUCCUUCCCCCCUUCUCCCCACUACCAUCUGAACAGUCGCCUGCUACACAGAGUGCCCAGGCUUGUCUUUUCCCUAUAUCCGCUCCAUCGCCCUCCACCCCCCUGCACCCUCCUCCACCCCCCUCCACUCCCCUUUGCCAGCAUUACGAUCUGAACGGCUCUGCUACACAGACACUACGAUCUGAAUGGUCGCCUGCUGCACAGAGUGCCCACCCGUCUCUCUGCUACAGCCUCUGGCCAGGGAGAGAACAGCUCCCUGCUACAGACCCCAAGUCGAGUAUGCAGCAAUCGCUCAUAGAAAGACUGCUAGAAAUUUUCGUCCCCUCUGCUCCUUGUUCUUUUCCUCCCCUCCUCAUUCCCCCCUCCCAUCUGCUCACAAUUUCUGUCCCCUCUUCUCACGAUUCCUGUCCCCUCUUCUCACCAUUCCUGUCCCUCUUCUCAUCUCACCAUUCUCCCUCUCUCCUCCUCAACAGAUUGAGUGUGAAGCAAGCAUGCACGAGUGGAGAGGAGGUGGGAGGGGACGAGUGGCAAGCAUGCAAGGAGAGGGAGGGAGGGGAGGAGUGGGUGGAGAUCAAACUAGAGGAGGUGAACCGGAUCACAGCAGCCAAUCGCCUUCAGGCACGUCGCCUGGUUCCCAGACCAUCGGGCAAACUCUCUCACCCACCAGACAGCAGAGGUGCUCGUGAGGGCGCUCGCAGUGGGGGUGGUGGGAGCAGAAGCAGCAGAGGUUAUCGGAGGGGUUUCCUGGUUCCCAGACCAUCGGGCAAACUCUCUCACCCACCAGACAGCAGAGGUGCUCGUGAGGGCGCUGGCAGUGGGGGUGGUGGGAGCAAAGAGGCAGAGGCAGCAGAUUCCAACGAAGCAGCAGAGGUCAUCGGAGGGGUCGCCUGGUUCCCAGACCAUAGGGCGUACGCUCUCAGCCACCAAACCGCAGAGGACUUAGUGAGGGCGCUUGCAGUGGGGGUGGUGGGGGCAGAGACAGCAGAUGCUGACGAAGCAGCAGAGGUCAUCGGAGGGGUGAAGCUGCCGUCCCGCCGCCCGGCUCUCGUCAGCGAAACCUGCCUCUUUCUCUCCAAACCAGUUUCCGAAGCAGGUUCCGAAGCAGGUUCCGAGCCUCCAUCUGAAGCAAGCUCAGAAGCGGAUAGAAAUUGGGGGAAUCGGAGGGUGCGUGCGUUCCAUGUGCUGGACUCAAAGGGCAUGAUCGACACUGUGGGAGUGUUUGUGGAGGAGAGGGAGGGCAGCGGGGAAGGAGCGGGUGAGGCUGGUCCAGAUACAUCGGCCCAUGUUAGCGAGCUACUGGAGGCACAGCCAGAACCCCCCAAUGCCCCGGUUCCCCCCCCCCGCCUCGCACUGCUGCUGGGGGAAUGGGAUGGCAUAUCCACCACCCACCGAUCGCCCAUCUAUGGGGAGACCGUGACCCACUCAACCUCCAACUUCUUCCUCACUCGCUUCGAGGAUGGCAGCCUGGGCCUGGAGGAGACGCGGGGCGGCCUCUGUUUCAGGAGGCGAGGAGCCGUUGCCAACCACUCAGCGGCCGCACCUGAAGGGACUGCCGAUUCCGAAGCUGCAGCUUCAAAUGAUCAGCACGGGCAGGAGCAGCAGGUUGGAGGGGGAGGGCGUGUGGUGCUAGACGGAGGGCAGCAGAUCACCCUCCUUCCCGGCGGUCUCGCUCUCUCUGCGCCCUGCUGUGUGCCCCGCGGGCGAGCUUUCUUCUUUGAAACCAUCCUGGCGGAACCGGAGAAGGGAGAGGGAGAGGGGGCGGAUAGGCAAGGAGUACUUGGAGGGGAAGGGUGGCGGCGGCGGCGAGUGGUUCGGACGUACGAUCCGGACGGUUUGGUUGUGUCUAGCUCAGUGUUUGCUGAGAGGAAGAUCGGGUAG